UUGGCCAGAGUAGAAUCCCGUGUUGCUUAGAGAGUUGCCACGGGGAUGGUCAACAAUGGAGAACCCGAGACCAAAGAACGCCAGAGGCCAAAUGUCCCGCACGGCAGGCAUACACACGCAGAGCGGCAUGUGAGAAAGAGCCAUGUUUACGACAUGCAGAGGCGGGCAGGAACCAAACCUUCCCGGAUGGAGGAUAGAGCCUAAAUAUUCAACCAAAGUACUGAUCGGGAACUGGCUGGAAGAAAGGAAAAAGUUCAUACGGGACCACCGAGGAACCGGCAACAGCACGUACGGGCGAGAUUUCGUUCGAUUUCCGACAGAAGUCCCGGACCGAACGGUGAUGAGGAGGAUGAUGAAGACGAUGGACGGUCUCCCAAAGAAGUGUGUCUUGACCCAUCACGAAGAACCGAACCACCAUCAUUUGGUGUCGCAAUACGACGAUCAAUACAACCGGCGCGGCUACAAUCCCAUCCUGCCGCCGCUCCGCAAGUGGCACGGGCACAAGAUGGCGUGGGUCCCGGAGAAGACGGACUUCCCUCUUCUUGAGCCGCCAACCAACUACGGGCUGUUUGAGCAACUGGUGAAAAAGUGGACGGGCAAAGAGCACGGGCUCAUGAACAGCGUCUACGAAGUUUCCUACCAAAAGCCGCCGGCCAAUUCCUACGCCGUCCGCCAGCGACCGAUCACCACCCACAUCCUGCAGGCCAACCAGGAGCAAUGGCUGCCACGGAGCAGCGACCCAUAUCUCUGAAAGAACGUCUGUAUUUACAUUACGAUCCUGGAUUAAAUACUCCACUGUUGACUUAAUGCAUUGGGCGUUGGCUUCCACGUAUUGCGUACCACGUCCCCGUAGAGUGGACGGACUAUAUAGAAACACACAAUGCAGCAGGAGCAGCAGGAACAACAACAACAACAACAUAUAAUGCAUAUA